CCGGGAAGCCGAGCUCCGCCGGGCCCCUUCAUGCCGCCGACUGGCUCUGACCCCGCCAGAAUGAACAGGAAGAAAGGAGACAAGGGCUUUGAAAGCCCAAGGCCGUAUAAAUUAACCCAUCAGGUCGUCUGCAUCAACAACAUAAACUUCCAGAGAAAAUCUGUUGUGGGCUUUGUGGAACUGACUAUAUUUCCCACAGUUGCAAACUUAAAUAGAAUCAAGUUGAACAGCAAACAGUGUAGAAUAUACCGAGUGAGGAUCAAUGAUUUAGAAGCUGCCUUUAUUUAUAAUGAUCCAACCCUGGAAGUUUGUCACAGUGAAUCGAAACAGAGAAAUCUCAACUACUUUUCCAAUGCUUAUGCAGCUGCAGUUAGUGCUGUGGAUCCUGAUGCAGGGAACGGGGAGCUGUGCAUCAAGGUUCCAUCAGAGUUGUGGAAACACGUCGAUGAGUUAAAGGUCCUAAAGAUACACAUCAAUUUUUCUUUGGAUCAGCCAAAAGGAGGUCUGCACUUUGUGGUACCCAGUGUAGAGGGAAGCAUGGCCGAGAGAGGUGCUCAUGUGUUCUCUUGUGGGUAUCAGAACUCCACAAGAUUUUGGUUCCCAUGUGUGGAUUCAUACUCUGAAUUGUGUACGUGGAAAUUAGAGUUUACAGUGGAUGCCGCCAUGGUAGCAGUUUCCAAUGGAGAUUUGGUGGAGACCGUGUAUACCCAUGACAUGAGGAAAAAGACCUUCCAUUACAUGCUUACCAUUCCGACAUCUGCGUCAAACAUCUCCUUGGCCAUUGGACCUUUUGAAAUCCUUGUAGAUCCAUAUAUGCACGAGGUUACUCAUUUUUGUUUACCUCAGCUUCUUCCAUUGCUUAAACAUACCACAUCAUAUCUUCAUGAAGUUUUUGAAUUUUAUGAAGAAAUUCUUACAUGUCGAUACCCAUAUUCCUGUUUUAAGACUGUAUUCAUUGAUGAGGCUUAUGUUGAAGUGGCUGCUUAUGCUUCCAUGAGCAUUUUUAGCACUAAUUUGCUGCACAGUGCUAUGAUCAUAGAUGAGACACCUUUGACCAGAAGGUGUUUAGCCCAGUCUUUGGCCCAGCAGUUUUUUGGAUGUUUCAUAUCCAGAAUGUCUUGGUCUGAUGAAUGGGUAUUGAAAGGAAUUUCUGGUUAUAUUUAUGGUCUUUGGAUGAAAAAAACUUUUGGUGUUAAUGAAUACCGCCACUGGAUUAAAGAGGAGCUGGACAGAAUAGUGGCGUAUGAACUGAAAACUGGUGGAGUUUUAUUGCAUCCCAUAUUUGGUGGAGGAAAAGAGAAGGAUAACCCAGCGUCCCAUCUACACUUCUCCAUAAAGCAUCCACAUACGCUCUCCUGGGAAUACUACACUAUGUUUCAGUGUAAAGCUCACCUUGUGAUGAGAUUAAUUGAAAAUAGGAUCAGUAUGGAAUUUAUGUUGCAAGUUUUCAAUAAACUGCUAAGUUUGGCUAGUACUGCUUCAUCUCAGAAGUUCCAGUCACAUAUGUGGAGUCAAAUGUUGGUUUCCACAUCUGGAUUUUUGAAAUCCAUUUCGAACGUCUCUGGCAAAGACAUCCAGCCUUUAAUAAAGCAGUGGGUAGACCAGAGCGGAGUGGUAAAAUUUUACGGAAGUUUUGCCUUUAAUAGAAAGCGAAAUGUCUUAGAACUGGAAAUAAAACAAGAUUAUACAUCUCCUGGAACCCAGAAAUAUGUGGGGCCGCUUAAAGUGACCGUACAGGAGCUGGACGGGUCCUUCAACCACACCCUGCAGAUCGAAGAGAACAGCCUCAAGCACGACAUCCCUUGCCAUUCCAAAAGCAGGAGGAAUAAGAAGAAAAAAAUUCCACUGAUGAAUGGCGAAGAAGUUGACAUGGAUCUUUCUGCAAUGGAUGCUGACUCUCCUCUGCUGUGGAUAAGGAUCGACCCGGACAUGGCGGUGCUGCGGAAGGUGGAGUUUGAGCAGGCGGACUUCAUGUGGCAGUACCAGCUCCGCUACGAGAGGGACGUGGUCGCCCAGCAGGAGGCCAUCUCGGCCUUGGAGAAGUUCCCCACUCCCGCGUCCCGGCUUGCCCUCACGGACAUACUGGAGCAGGAACAGUGUUUCUACCGAGUGAGGAUGUCUGCCUGCUUCUGCCUUGCAAAGAUUGCAAAUUCAAUGGUGAGCACUUGGACAGGACCACCAGCCAUGAAGUCGCUCUUUACUAGGAUGUUUUGUUGUAAAACUUGUCCGAACAUUGUGAAAACAAACAACUUUAUGAGCUUUCAAAGUUACUUUCUACAGAAGACUAUGCCAGUUGCAAUGGCCUUACUGAGAGAUGUUCACAACCUUUGUCCCAAAGAAGUCUUAACAUUUAUUUUAGACUUAAUCAAGUACAAUGACAACAGAAAAAAUAAGUUUUCAGACAACUAUUACCGCGCAGAGAUGAUCGAUGCCCUUGCCAACUCUGUUACGCCUGCAGUCAGUGUGAAUAAUGAAGUUCGAACUUUGGAUAACUUAAAUCCGGAUGUGCGACUCAUUCUUGAAGAAAUCACUAGGUUUUUGAAUAUGGAAAAACUUCUUCCAAGUUACAGGCACACCAUCACUGUCAGUUGUUUGAGAGCCAUACGAGUGCUUCAGAAGAAUGGACAUGUGCCCAGUGAUCCAUCUCUUUUUAAAUCUUACGCAGAAUAUGGCCACUUUGUGGACAUUAGAAUAGCAGCUUUGGAAGCGGUGGUUGAUUACACUAAAGUGGACAGGAGUUAUGAAGAAUUGCAGUGGCUACUUAACAUGAUUCAGAAUGACCCUGUACCCUAUGUAAGACAUAAAAUUCUAAAUAUGUUGACUAAAAACCCACCCUUUACUAAGAGCAUGGAGUCUCCCUUAUGCAAUGAAGCUUUGGUAGAUCAACUUUGGAAACUUAUGAAUUCUGGCGCGGCACACGACUGGAGGCUGCGGUGUGGCGCUGUGGACCUGUAUGUCACGCUCUUUGGCCUCAGCAGACCUUCCUGCUUGCCCUUGCCAGAACUUGGCUUGGUCCUUAAUCUGAAAGAGAAAAAAGCUGUCUUGAAUCCAACCAUCAUUCCAGAGGCCAUAGCAGGCAACCAAGAAGCUGCAGUGAAUCCAAGUAGUCACGCACAGCUAGUUGGAUUCCAGAACCCUGAAGAUGAUCACCUUGCCAAGGAAGCCUCAUGUAAUAUGUCAGCUCAUCAGCAGGGAGUGAAGAGGAAGGCUGACACACCACUGGGGUCCCCACUAGAGCCUGGUCAAAUACUGGAGAAGAAUGAGGAUAGCAGUAAAGUCAGACUCAAAAUCAGAUUUUCAAGUUCUCAAGACGAGGAAGAGAUUGAUAUGGAUACUGUUCAUGAUAGCCAGGCAUUCAUUUCCCAUCAUUUAAACAUGCUUGAAAGGCCAUCAACUCCAGGGCUCUCCAAAUAUCGGCCAGCUAACUCGAGAUCUGCUCUGAUACCCCAGCACUCCGCAGGCUGUGAUGGCGCGCCCACCACGAAGCCCCAGUGGAACAUGGAACUCCCACGGAAGGGAGCAGAAGAGUAACUGUGUGUUGCCUCGAGGAGUGUAGGGAGCAGCUGUGACGAGUGGGAGACUUUGAGCAGAAGCAGCGCCUCGAAGCACUGUGGCGUCUGCGGCCUCAGCCCGCUGGCUGCUCCGUCUCUCCGUUUGCAACAGUUUCUCAGAAAAUUUAUUUCAGAAGGAAGUCAGCUGGAACCGUUAGCACUUAACUUUAGUAAAUGAAUCUUGACAUUUCUCGGCCCUCCCUUGCCAAUUUUGUAUUCUCUGGUUUUGUUUUGGGGUUUGGAGUAAUUUUGCUUUAUUAUUCUUAUACUUAUUAAGAUUCUAUCAGACAUGAAAAUUUUUCUACAUCUUUUAAAAUGAUAACGCUUAGGGCAUUUCAAACCUCAAUCUGAUAUAAUUGGAGAGUGACACUUCCACCUACCUUCCAUGCCUUUAAAAAAAUAAAUUCUAAUAAAUUCUUAUUCU